AAACACAUCAUAUGAUUGUUUCAAACGUUUAUCUUAUUAUUUGUGAUUAGAUUUGUUGCAACACUUAAUGUGAGACAAACAACAAUGUGUUGAAUAUAUUGUCGAUAGUAUACCAAUUGGUGUCCAAAACAUAGCUAUCGAUGCCAGCGAUGGUGCAGUAGAUGGUGGCCAACGAAGUUAAGACAUUUAUUAUUUCAAGACAAUUAUGAAUGACAACGACAAGGGAGACGAUGGCGACAAUAUUGUUAACCAUCCGUUUGGCGACGACUUCCCGGUGGGAACCGAUCCGCUCGACAAUCAAGUGGCCGGACAUCGGUUCGGGUCUUCGCCAAACAAUUUGGCGCUAUUAAGACACCGUCACUCACAAGAUAUACUGAAACCUAUUUGUGAUAAACGAAGUGAACGCGAGUUUCGGUUAUACUCACAGAUCUGGGAUUCGGAUAACGAUUUCCGCGAAGACAUUCAAAAUUUAAGACAAUUUGUACCAAAAUUUAAUGGUAUAUUUGUCGACCAAAAAACGGGACGCAAAUACAUAAGACUUACAGACAUCAGCAAUGGUAUGAAGAAUCCGUCGGUGUUGGACAUUAAGAUCGGCGCCAAAACUUAUGACUUGGAAGCUAAUGAACAAAAGAUCUUAAGUGAAAUCACUAAAUACCGGUUCCAAAGUGACAUUGGGUUUAGGAUUCUUGGGAUGAGAAUCUAUAAGCCUGAAGACAACAACUAUGUGAUCAAAGAGAAAGAUUAUGGCAUAAGACUGACUCCUCAUAAUGUCGGCGAAGCACUCGUAUUAUAUGUUCAAAACAAUAGGGCCUUAAUUCGUGAGUUUUCGCGUCAAAUGAAAGUCAUUAAAGAGUGGUUCGAUAAUUACAAUCACAACAAAUGGCAAUUCAUAUCCAGUUCUUUGUUAUUUGUCUACGAUUGCCAUCAAAGUAAAGCUGUGGUCAAUAUGAUAGACUUCGCUCAUGUCUUUCCAAAUGACGGUCUCGACGACAACUAUUUGUUUGGUUUAAACAAAUUAAUACAAUAUUUUGAUAGCUUAUAAAAAACAGUCUCUUUGUUAAUACAUAUAUACGGUAUAUAUUAUAUAUAAUGUUAUCUCUCUAU